AUGGCUCGACUGCGUCAGAGCCUGUCCGGUGAAGCCUUGGUAGCUAUCAGGGGACUGGGCGUUUCUAGUCUUGAAUAUGAAGAGGCGAAAAGUAUUUUAAAAACGAAAUUCGGUGGACAGAGACGGCAAUUACGUGCAUAUUUAGAUCAGUUAGAAAGUUUGCCUCAAAUUAAACCGAGGGACACAAAGGAUUUUGAACGCUUUGCUGAUUUAGUUCGUGUGACAGUAGUGAAGUUAAAGGCUGAAAACCGUCAGGGAGAGUUAGGCAAUGGUUCCCUGCAUAGCUUACUCGUGAGAAAGCUGUCAGAUAGAGACCUUGAAAUGUAUAGUAGGUGGCUUGGAGAAGGUAGUCGUGAACAAUCAGUGAUUAGUCUCAGUGAUUGGCUCAAAGAGGAAGCGAAGAUUCGUGUAGAAGCGAUGGAGAUGGGCCAUGGGGUUCGACAUGAUCCUAAUGUUGGUGAUUCGCGACAGUCACAGGAACGGAAUAGAUACAGAAAGUCGUAUACAGUGUACUCCGAGCAGGAAGAUGACCCACCAGGGGUACCAAGAGUGAAAGCGUGUUCGGGGUGUGGUGCGAGCGACCAUAAAGUUUGGAAAUGUAGAGUGUUUCGUAGUACGAAUGUUGAUGAGCGCUGGCGAAUUGCAAAAGAGAGACGGUUGUGUUUCCGUUGCCUUGGUAGCGAUCAUCAAGGCAAGGACUGCAGAAGAUCUCAAAAAUGUGGAAUUAAUGUCAUCUUAGUCUUCACAGUUUACUGCACAAUCCUAAACAAAUAG